GCUGGUACUCAUUUUGCUCUGUCUUCUGCUUGCACUGCUCUAGCAGAAAUCCAUUGCUCAUUAUCAUUUAUUCUUAUGGUUUUUGACCCUGCAAACUCUCAUCAUCUCAAGCCGUGGCUCGUUAGAACACUAGAACCGAUAUGCGAUGCUGAACCUGGAGCACUGGCUGAAUACAUUCUAGCCCUUCUCAAGCAUAAUGUGCCGGAGAGUGAAAUGCGAAAGGAACUAGCUGUUCAGCUCGAUGAAUUUCUCGAGAAAGAGUGCCAGCCGUUCCUCGACACAUUAUUCACUGUUCUACGCACCAAGUCUUAUUUACCGUAUUCUGCAAUACCUUCAGCACCCUCCUUUCCUGACAAAAUGCUUGACACCGGUAUUCCCAUUCCUCUUGAUGGUCUCGUUUCCCCUUCCAUACCUUCGUCACCUGAUCGCAUCCGCAAGAGAAGCCUUGAUGAUGACAAGGACGGUCGACCUGCUAAAGGACCUCGUUUAAAUGACGACGGCCAGUUUUCGCGUUACGGUAGCAGCAGAGGCGGUAUGGAUUCGAGGUCAGCGGGGGGUUGGAACUCACGGGUGGACAAGUCCGCAAACGGUUAUCGAGAAGGUUCCUCUCAACCCAGGGGUGCUAGUAUGGGGCACGCUGUGGGGCAAAUGAAUGGCAGACGACCCCAAGCAUAUCAGCCACCGGACAUGAAACGAGGGAUAUGCAGAGACUAUCAUAACAAUGGCUACUGUGCUCGUGGCGCUUUCUGUAAAUUCAGCCAUGGGGAUGAUGCCGUCGUUCCCAGCCAAAUGUUUCCCAUUAAUGGCAGUGGCAUGACAGGCUCUGGCAUGCCAUUCAUGACUAUGUUUGGGCAAGGAUUCGGGAUGCAAAAUGGGCCCGUGGCAGCUUACGAUCCUCAUGAGUCCCGUAUGGACAUGAGAAGUAUGGGUAACAGCCGAUCACAGAUGCGGCCUGCUUUCCUCCCAAGAGUCGAUGAUGGGCAGACAGUUCAUGCCUCUGGCGAACUACCUGUGAUCCAAGAUCUCACCCCAAAUAUCCCCCAUGACGACGUUACGCCUAAUCCCACCUCCCAAACUAGUGUCUCCCAGUCGUCAUCACCUCAACACCCAUCUUCAUCACGAAUACAACACCCUCAUUUGCCCGACAUUAAUGACGAUGUGGCAAAUGGUCACCAAGCAAAAUACAAUGAAGAUGUUGAAAUGACUCCAGUGUCUGGCUUGUCUCAGAAUGGCGGCUAUUCCACUGGGAUACGCGGGCCUACUGGUCGAGGCCGAGGUACCUUCGGUGAUGUCCCAGGUAUCCGUCCAGAGAAGAGGAAUGACAAAACAUUGGUCGUUGAAAAGAUACCUGAUGACAAGCUGUCCUUGGAGCAGGUUAACGAUUGGUUCAAAAAAUUUGGCAAGGUCACCAAUGUUGCCAUUGAUCGACCGCACGGAAAAGCUCUUGUCAGCUUUGAGGAACACAGAGAGGCAUAUGCUGCAUGGAAGUCAGAAGACGCAGUUUUCAACAACCGUUUUGUUAAGGUGUUCUGGCAUAGACCGAUGGAAGGACAUGGCCAGAUUGGAGCACGCAUGCUCGCUGCUUCUGCGCCUAUCGUCGCCAAUAUUUCAGCUAAAGCGGCUUCCGCCGUCUUGCCUGCGGCAUCUGUAACUAGCCCUACGACACCUAUCCGAAAAUCCUCAGUUCCGUCUUCAUCGAGUACAAUAACACUUGCCGAAAAGCAGCGACGGCUGGAACAGCACAUCGCUGAACAGAAAUCGCUUAUGGCCUCUCUUGCUGCCGCCUCCGGAGAAGAAAAGAAGGGCAUCAUGGCACGGCUCAGAAAACUGGGUGACGAGAUCACUUUGACUUCAUCAUCCGUCAAAUCGAAUUCAACUCCUAUGAAGACACACUCUAAUCCUACUCAGGCUACCGAUGAACGACAACAGCAGGAGCGUGCACGACUGGAUAAGGAACUGGACUUCCAUAGCUCUGUAACUGCCAUAGAGGGUGAAGGUGAGACCGCGGAAGACCUCAAGGCCAAGCUGGAAAGACUGAAAGCGGAGGCCGCCAGUCUGGGUUUAUCAGACGCGGAACCUAACUACGGCGGAUCACACAGACCGUAUCGGAGCAGAGGGCGUGGACCCCCCCGUAGUUUUUACAGGGGAGCAGGGCGCGGCGUUGGUCGAGCGAGUAUGAAACUUGACAAUCGGCCAAAAAGACUUCUUGUUCGGGGCGUUUCCAGUGAGAAAAUGCAAGCGCUCAAGGACUGGUACGAGGCAAACGGUCAGGUUGACUCAAUAUCUACUUUGGAAGAUGGCGAUGUUGUGGUUUCGUUCAGAACGCGAACAGCCGCAGAGCAGGGAAUGGCCAAGGGGAGCAGUAUACCGACCGUCGGCGAUGUCCACUUAUCAUGGCAUACUGACACACUUCCGCCGUCGUCCUCCACGACAGUCGCACCGGCUGCUGAACUACAUCCACCACCGCAGGAGGGCCCUAGCCAUAGAGAACGACACUCACCGGCUCCGGAACUCGACACAGAGUCCAAGGGUUCCCCCAAUGCACAGGAGGAGGAAGUAAUAGCUAGUGGAUGGGGUGGUGAUGGGGAGGAUGGCAUGGGCAUGUUUUAAUUUUGUAUAACUGAGGUAUCAUGUUGUGCUAUUACAUUUGCUGCCUAUCGUCACUUCUAAAACAUUGGUUCGGCUCCGGCCUACGUUCACG